ACCACGUCCACGCGCUUGUCUUGAUAACAUACAUACACGACAAAGCAAGAAGAGUCACAGAAAGUGAGUAUCAACCUGCAACGAAACUUCAUAUCUUAGCUACAAUAUAUACCAUCAACCAAGUUAAAGAUAACAGAAAUUCCGAAAACGCAAAAACUUUGAAACCACCGUUUUUCAUUUCAAAGGUAAAUAAAUAAACUUUCAAUUCAUGGGAGGAACCACAGAACUGGAUGUUCUUACAUCACAGCUUCAACAAACAUUCAAACAAGUUCAACAUGACAAAACAUCCAUGAGAUGCUUUAGGUCAACCUUAAAAGAAUUGUCUCCACUGGUUCACGAGAUCGACCAAUAUAACGAUCAAUUGAAUCCUCCUAGAGAGGAAAUCAAGCUUCUCACCAAAGAAAAUCCCGCAGAACAAAGGAAUCUUUGCUGGAAGAGGUUUAGUUCUUGGUUUCAUCACUGUUUAGAUGGAGUUUGUCACAAGAAGAAAGAUGAUUUUGGUUCAUGUGUUGCUGGUAACAACAAACAAGCUGUUAUGGCGAAAGAUGUUAAGGAUACACUUUAUAAGCUGAAGGAAAUUCUUGAAAUUGUUAAUAAGGAGAAUUUUGAGAAGAAAAUAAGUGGAUCUGGAGGGCUAGUUUUUAGGGGUCCUUUUGGUGUUCCUCACAAUCCUGAAUUUACUGUUGGUUUGGAUUUGUCAAUGAUUAAGUUGAAGAUGGAAGUUCUUAGGGAUGGUGGAUCUACUAUUUUGGUGACUGGUUUAGGAGGAAUGGGUAAAACUACUUUGGCUGCAAAGCUUUGUUGGGAUUUACAAGUCAAGGGUAAAUUCAAGGGAAAUAUUUUAUUUGUUGUCUUUUCGAAAACGCCUCAGUUGAAGAUUAUUGUAGAGAGAAUAUUUGAACAUUGUGGAAAUCUAGUGCCUGAGUUUCAAAGCGACGAAGAUGCUGUUAAUGAAUUGGGGCUUUUGCUGAAGAAAAUUGAGGGUCCAAUAUUGUUGGUCUUAGAUGAUGUUUGGCCUGGCUCAGAAGAUCUUGUUGAGAAAUUUCAAUUCCAGAUAUCAGAUUAUAAAAUUUUGGUAACAUCAAGGGUUGCACUUUCAAGAUUUGACAAAACCUUUAUCCUAAAGCCUCUUGUACAUGAAGAUGCAGUAACCCUUUUCCGCCACUAUACACAAUUGGAGAAAAAGAAUUCGAACAUUCCGGACAAAGAUCUUAUCCAAAAGGUUGUGAAACAUUGCAAGGGUUUACCUCUUGCUGUUAAAGUGCUUGCAAAGUCACUCAGUAAUCGGCCAUAUGAGUUGUGGGAAAAGAUUGUGAAGCAACUUUCACUAGGCCGUUCUAUACUUGAUUCUAAUACUGAAUUACUUACUCGCCUCCGAAAGAUUUUGGACGUUUUGGAAGAUAACCCCAUCAAUAAAGAAUGCUUCAUGGAUCUAGCAUUAUUCCCUGAAGACCAAAGGAUUCCUGUUGCUGCUCUCAUUGAUAUAUGGGCAGAGUUGUAUGGACUAGAUGAUGCCGGCAAAGAAGCAAUGAAUAUCAUCAACAAAUUAGACUCCAUGAAUCUGGCUAAUCUCUUAAUAGCAAGGAAAAAUGCAAGUGACACAGAAAAUUACUACUACAAUAACCACUUCAUAGUCCUUCACGAUCUUCUAAGAGAGCUUGGAAUUUAUCAAAGCACCCAGGAACCAAUAGAACAAAGAAAAAGACUUCUUAUUGACGUAAAUGAAAACAAACGUAAUCGCUGGCUUGAGGAGAAGAAGAAAGGCACAGUGACUCGCAUAUUGUCCAAAUUAGUUAAAUGGUGUGUUAAACCGAAGCCUCAACAGAUCCCUGCCCGCACAUUAUCUAUAUCAACUGAUGAAACUUGUGCUUCAGAUUGGUCCCAAGUGCAGGCAGCUCUAGUUGAGGUUCUGAUUUUAAAUCUUCAAACCAAGCAGUACACAUUUCCAGAGUUGAUGGAGAAGAUGAGCAAACUGAAAGCUCUUAUAGUCAUAAAUCACGGUUUCCGUCUUUCUGAACUGAACAAUUCUGAGCUACUUAGCUCUUUAUCCAAUCUUAACAGAAUCAGGCUAGAGCGGAUUUCCGUUCCUUCCUUUGGCACAUUGAAGAAUCUGAAAAAAUUAUCCCUCUACAUGUGUAAUACGAGACUAGCUUUUGAAAAGGGUAGCAUUCUAAUUUCAGAUGCAUUUCCAAAUUUAGAAGAUUUGAGCUUUGACUAUUGCAAGGAUUUGAUGGCAUUGCCUAAUGGAGUGUGUGAUAUCACCUCAUUAAAAAAGCUCAGUAUUACUAAUUGCCAUAAGCUUUCGUCGCUGCCCCGAGAUAUUGGAAAGUUGGAGAAUUUGGAACUCUUGAGCCUGAUUUCGUGUACUGAUUUGGUAGAGCUACCAGAUUCUAUUGGAAGCCUUUCGAAUCUAAGUCUACUUGACAUCUCCAACUGCAUAAGCCUUUCAAGUUUACCCGAGGACAUUGGCAAUCUGUCUAAUCUAAGAAAUCUCUACAUGACUAGUUGUGCAAGUUGUGAGUUGCCAUUCUCGGUUGUCAAUCUUGAGAAUUUAAAAGUGAUAUGUGACGAAGAGACGGCCGUUUCAUGGGAAUCUUUCCAAUCUAUGAUAUCCAAUUUAACUAUAGAGAUUCCUCAAGUUGAAGUCAAUUUAAAUUGGCUUCACGCAAUUCGCUCCUAAAACCUAUAUGCACUCUUCCUCUGCUUUCGAAAGUUGUCGUUGAGGACACAUGAAAGCAGAUAGAACAAAACACUCAGUUUCCUUAAAGAACUCGUCCAACAAAAAUCUUUGAAAAUAUUGUAGAGACAUUCUCCAAGCCCUGCAUCGAGUAGUAUGACUCGGUGGAGUAUUUGAGUGGUUUUGUUCUUUUCCCUUGGUGGCUAGCUUUCAAGGAAGGGUUCUUCAAAUGUUUGAAUAUCAGAGCUUGUGGCUCGGAAAGGGCUACCUACGAAAGGGCUGAUCGUAAAGGCCGAGUAAAGCAUCGUAGAGUACAGCCCUCGGGACAUCAGCUCUCAGAUCAAGCAGUAUGGGAUGCUCAGUGGAGUAUUUAAGCUGUUUUAUUCUUCUCCAUGAGUGUUUGAAUACUUAUUUGAUAAUUUGAUAAAAUCCAAAUCCAAAGUGAUAUGUCAAUUUUCAGGUCAGCUACAAUGAAUGGCAUAUCAUUCGACAACAUCUAGAGUCAUUCAAUUAUUGAUUCUAGUAGCAAGCAAUGUGCUUAAAUGUCUGUCUCAAAAGAGGCUUACUUCCAUGUUUGACAUACUUGAACCGAAAUCAAAAGCAAAAGAGACGAUGAAAGGAAGAACGACGGGAUACCAAUGCUAUGACACAUGCAAAUAAAAUGAAAAACCUUCAUGAUUCUUUUUCAGCACCUGCUGCAUCAAAGGUGAAUAAUUUAAAGGUGUUCAUGCAAACAGAAAAAGAUCAACAUGAUAUGUUUUAGGCAUUGGUUUGGUAUAAAAGUGGCAGAGGAAGAGGUAGAGAGGUGUUAGGAGUAAAUUUGUCCUUGUGUGAAACAAAAACAAUCAUCUAGUAGUAUUUUAAUAUUGACAAUCACAGGCCAAGAAUGCAAGUUGAUGUGUCAAUAGUUCCAGAAGUUUGAACUUUGAAGGCUAAGGUUUGUUCAGACUUUUCUAAACUAUGACUUGAAAAUAUGUAGUACAAUGCCCCUUCAAUAUAGGUGGGUAGAAAUCCAUGAUGAACAUGAACAAUGGUCUAUAAUGUUUAAUUAAUAUAUAUAUUUUGGCUCUUAAACAAUUUGAUAUUGUGUGAUUUUCUUAUAGAGCCACUAACUUCCACUUGUAUAAUUAUUCACAUAAAAUUAAAGAAAGUGUUGCUUUUUUC